AUGUCUAUUGGAGUACCAAUUAAAAUUUUACAUGAAGCUGAGGGUCAUGUUGUUACAAUAGAAUCUGUAACAUCAGAAGUUUAUCGUGGUAAAUUAAUUGAAGCAGAAGAUAAUAUGAAUUGUCAAUUAUCAAAUGUAACCGUUACUUAUCGUGAUGGACGACAAGCACAAUUAGAAUAUAUUUAUGUACGUGGAUCAAAAAUUCGAUUCAUGAUUUUUCCUGAUAUGUUAAAGAAUGCACCAAUGUUUAAAAAUAUGCGUGGUGUUAAAGGUGGUGCUGGUCGUGGUAAAUCAGCUAUAUUACGUGCUCAAAUAGCUCGUGGACGAGGAGCUCGUGGACGACCACCAAUGAAUUCCUUUGUUGGACAAGCAGGUGGUCGUGGUGGUGGACCACCAGGUAGUGAUCGUGGUGGUAUGGGUGGUGGACGUGGUCGUGGUGAUCGUUAA